CGAGCGCCGCGCUCCGCCUCAGACGGGCCUCGUCGGCGACCCUCAGUGCUGCCUGGUCCCCGUGCUGCCUCGGACGGGAUGUGAUGGUGUCCAAGGUGGACAUCAGUGUGGGCGCCAUGCAGCUGCCGGGGGCGGGCUCCCCCCUCACGCUCCGGCGUCGCAAGAAGUCCACGCUCAACCUGACGCGGCCCCUCAGCACCCUGCGCCACACCAUUCGCUCGUCGUUCCACUUCGACCUGCUCUCGUCGCCCACGUCGCCGGUGCGCCUCACGGAGUACUGCGAGUCGAGGAGCCCCACCAUCCCCGAGGACACGCAGCCCGUGUUCCCGUGCACGGCGCCCGUGGACGUGCCGCAGGACGGAUCCUCGUCGUCGGCCUCCAGCCAUGGCCAGAGCCUCACGCCCACGUCGCUCGACUCGCCCGUGCCGAUGCUCACGUCGUCGCAUUCGCUCAACUGCUCGACGCCGCUCCCGGCGGGGGGCGACAGGGCUGAGGACGGCGUGUGGUCCUCCAUGAAGUCCCUCUCGAUCUCGCCGACUAAGUCCGACGACAUGGUGUCGCGCUCGAGGGCCCUCAGCUUCACCACGCUACGGCGGCGGCGGAGCAGCAAAAUCCGCCAGACGCGCUCCACGGAGGUGUCGCGGAGGUCGUGGGAGCUGGAGGACUGGGAGAAGGACCUCCUGGUCGUGCCCGACCACGUGCUCUCGCGGCGCAACACCUAUGCCAAUGUCAGCCUGUCGUCGCUGUCGUCGACGGGGCCGCCGUCGCCCGCCGCUAAUACCAUCCCCGAGGCGCCCAGCGAUUCCAGGUUCUUCCACGAACUGUCCUACAAAAAUGCUUUGUCGACGAUGGAUGACGUUCUGGUGGAUGGGCUCAACCUCAGCAAGGCGGAUCGCAAAAAACUCGAGAAAAUUAACAAGAUUAAUAUCCAUCUUCACGGCAGCGGUGGAGCACGGGCAGCUGGAAAAGGCCAGAAGCAUCCUCGACCACAACCAGCUGGACAUCAACAGCGUGAACAACGACGGAGCGAAUGUUCUAGACGUUGCUGUGAUGAACAACCAAGUCGCUCUUGCAAAAAUGUUGCAGCAGGCGGGUGCCAUGGAGAGUAAUGGAGGAGGCGUGGAGCGUCGCCUUCACCACCUGAACGAGCUGGUGGCGGUGGCGGAGCGUCGGAGAGAGGAGCUGAACUCGGCCCUGUCCGGAGGCGCCCACGGCAGGGAGACGGAGAGGCAGAGGGUGCUAUGGGACAGGCGGGUCAAGAUGCUACGGACCAUGAAGAUGGGACUCGAGCAGAUGAAGCCACCCAACGCGCCCAGUGCUGCCACAGUCGAGGUUAUUGACAGCACGAGAGUGAGAGUCACCUUCAGAGAGCCAGAAUCACAGCACCUCGCCAUCACUACGAAGUUCAAGGUCGAGUGGAGCGUGGACGAGUGGGCGAGCGUCUGCGGCUGCCUCGAGAUCCACGACCUCCGCCGCAUGUCUGCCUUCAUCGACGGCCUCGCGCAGGGACAGAGGCAUCACUUUCGCGUCCUGGCAGGCAACAUGAAGGACUACGGGCCCCCCUUGCCCACGGCGCCUCCGUCUGCUAUACCGUCGACCCGGUCUGGAGACGCCCCUCAACCUCCGGAAGGCGCAGAAGAAGAAGAGCAUCAAGAACCUUUUCACGCCCGCGCCCAAGUUCCAUAGAAAUUUAAAGAGAGGGUCCUACCUAGCGUGUUUAAUAUACUGCGAGGACAAAGUGCUCGUGACAACUGAAGAAUUUCCUCCGGUCGUGGAAGUCGACGAUAACUACAUGAGUCAAGCGAGAUCCCAUUUUCAUUGGCUUCUCAAGGUGGCGACGACGUGGGAAGACGUGAAGUCCCUGCGCCAAGACAUGGAGCGAGCGGGGUCAGCCUCCACCGUGCCCUUCAGAAUCAAGCUGCUGCAGGCGGCGGCGAACAUGCAGACGACCCUCGGCAUCCAGGACUUGGGUCAGUUCCACCACAAGCCGAUCAAGGACAGCAACGGCACCUUAGUCUUCUGCACCAUCCGGCACGUGAAGUCCACCAAAGCCGUCUCUGCCAUGAACGUCAAGUGGAUUCCGUUGGCCAAACUGAAGGAAAAGAAGAUCACGGCUUCGGGACAAGGCCUACAGCCGGGCGAACCAGGCACGUUAGCGGGGGACCUGCUGCUCUCGUCUCUUCAAGAUCUCAUCCUCUACGACCAAGUGAGCCGCGUCCCCCUUCGCCGUGGACUGUACCUGGGCUACCUCAAACUACAGAGCUCCGUUGACCUACUGCAGGUCUUGGUACCCGAGAAACAGCCGAAUAUGUUCCCCCAUAUCAAGAUCAGGGAUAAUCCGCAUGUUUCUAGGGAAGAGUGGGAGUGGGUGCGGAGUCUCGAACUCUCCAGUGGAGACCAGUGGCACUUAGCUGCACAGACAGAGCCAGCUGAGGGAGAGGAGGGGAGAACCUCCCCCCUGCCACCAGCCCCCUCGCCAGCUCAGCUCGUGUGGCACUCCCAGCUGGGCCAAGCGGCACAGCAGCUGCUCAGUCAGCUCAAGGUGGAAGGCGAGGCGCAGCAGCAGCACAGACUCUACUGCGGAGAUGUGCUGGAACUCAGCCCCGACGUGUCGCUCCUGCUGGUGAUGCCCCCCGUGGAUGCCGUGUGCUCGGCCCCGGGGCAGGAGGACGCCAUCAUGUCCCAGCCCUCGCUGACCACCAUCCCCCUCCAGAUCUUCGAGAUGAUCCACAUGGGCACGUACCAGAGGGAACUCAUCGGGAGAUACGCGCGCCUCUCCUACAUCCUGGAAAUGGACACGCUGAUGGCGCAGCACGCCAGCCGGGAGGCUUUCAGCCAGGACGAGGUGAACUGCUCGCGGGAUCGGCUGUGGCAGCUGCAGACCUUCCAGGAGCAGUUAGACGUCAUAUGGCGGGGCCUGAGAUGGGUUAUGGACGCGAUAACCUACGCUAGAGAUAAAGCGGCAUCUGGUGCUCUCCUGACGACCUUGCUGUCGUGUCCCUCCCCCAGGUCCCCGUGCAUCACUCACCCCCCAGCAGUACAACAGUCGCCCUCACACCUGCCUGCUGCUAAGUCAUCCUCGCAGGACACCCACAGCUCGAGCGAGUCCCUCCAGCACGGGGCAGACAGCAAAAGACUCAGAAAAGAUGACGACCUCAACUUCAGCAUAAAGAAAUCCGAUGCUCCUAGAAUGCUAAAGUCAAAUACCUCAGAAAACAUUAGAGCAGCAGUGAAAUGCGAUUCAAGGUUUCACAAGUCAAAGACAGCUGAGUGUUUAGUUCAUAGUAGUGGGUGUGUUCAGAGUUGCGGAAAGUCAUUCACUUCUCUGAAUGACUGCAUGUUAGACAGUGAGGAACAGAAUGAAAAUGUGCCCCUUCUCUCGUGGAACGGUGAAAAGUUGCAGUUUAGUGGUGAGAGGAAAAUGUACAGUAAAGACCUCCCUACGUCGAGAAGUGAAAACCACUUGCAACACUGUGUAGACCCUGGUUACCCUCCUAGAAAGGCCAGUGCUCCUGCGUUUUACGAUACUCACGAGGGAUGCCUCAAAUCUAAGUGCUGUAAUAGUGAACCAAAAAUCAAUCACCAGAGCUCGUCGUCUUUAGAAUCGGUCGAACAAGGUAAGAGAAAGAAAAACAGUUGUGCGAGCAUCGAGUACGAGGAGACGAUGGCCAGCAGUAAGUCCCCCACGAGCAGUUGUUACGACCUCCACCAGCGGUACGGGAGUAACUUAAAUGUUGAAAUCCAGAGAGCAGGCAGUAGUCUCAGUCACGAUUCCGAAGCCUCUUUCUCAAGUAUGACGGCCAGUUUACGUUCAUUGUCCUCAAACGAAACGGAAACAGACACCCUGAGUCUCAUGAGCAAAGAAAGUGGGCGGAGUGAGGCGAGUGAAGCGAAGAGCACGGAGGGCGAGGAGCUGGUGGAGGGGGCUGUGCGAAGCGAGGAACCAGCCAUCAUACAGGUAUACGCCGCGUACGAGACCGGCUUGGCCUCUGGCACCUCGGUCAAGCUACAUAUCACGCCCAGAACGACCGCUCGGGAAGUGAUCGACUUGGUGGUGAAACAGCUGAACAUGGCGGUGGUGUUGAAGGGGCGGGGCGGACCCAUCUAUGGUAAUGAAAGGCUUAAAGACUUCUGUUUAGUGGCUGUGAUUGGUAUACGGGAAAGGUGUCUGCGAGACGACUUCAGGCCACUCCAGCUGCAGAAUCCCUGGAAAAGAGGAAAGUUAUACGUGCGGCUGAAACACGACGUGCUCGCCGCCCUGGAGCAAAGUAAUUCACGACACUCCGCUUAUCUCUAGAACCCGACUUCACUGUACAUUCCACUGUACAUGCAUACACGCAUUGCCAUUCUAUCCUUCAGACACUUAUUUAUAUUCAGGAAGGCCAUACUCCUUCAUUAGAAAAAUCAUACUUCACAUUAUUCCUAAUGAACAUACAUGGAAGAAAUAAAAAAAAAAAAGCUGAAUUAGUCUAUAGCUACAACAAUGUCGAAUAGUCCAAUAGGUAAACACGAUAGAUGUUUUGUGCAAGUUGAUUUCGAUAUGCUUCUUUUGAUCGAAGAGUAUUUAUUAAGUAUCAUUUCUCUCCAACGUCUACAGGAGACUCUCAUUCACGUGUUUCUAGCCCCCUCCCUCCCCCCCCCCCUUU